CCACAGCCGACGAAGCCAAUCUAGUCCUUCACUCCGAUUACGGAAGUCUUCCACAAAUUCAUAUCAGGUGAUAUUUAUACAUACUUUUAUCUAUCAUGGCGGCUUUAAAGGAUCUCCUGCCUGCUGUUAAGUCGUCCACAACAUCAUAUUACGAUCAUUCGAAUGAUCCUUGGUUCAAGCAGCUGUAUAGUUCGUCUGAGGCGGAAAAGUCUUUGGCGGUGAAAGCAAAGCCGGUUCCUCCUUAUUUGAAGCGUGCUGGGUUCGUGCCUAGGAGAGUAGAAGAUUUUGGGGAUGGAGGUGCCUUCCCUGAGAUACAUAUUGCCCAGUACCCAUUGGAUAUGGGUAGGGAUAAAUCUUCAAAAGCUGGGUCGAAGAUUUUACCAGUAACUGUUGAUGCCCGUGGGAAUCUGGCAUAUGAUGCAAUUGUGAAACAGGGUGAGAAUGCCAAGAAGAUUGUUUAUUCACAGCAUAAGGAUCUGAUACCAAAGGUUUUGAAGGACGAGGAAGGGGGAGAUGAAGAAGACGAGGAGUUGGAGAAGGAGAUUGAGGAGACGACACAGGAAACAAAAGCAGCUUUGGAGAAGAUUGUGAAUGUGAGGUUGAGUGCUGCACAGCCAAAAAAUGUACCCAAGCAGUCAUCUGAUUCAAAGUAUAUUAAAUAUAAGCCUUCACAACAAUCUGCUGCCUUUAACUCAGGUGCAAAGGAAAGGAUAAUCAGAAUGGUAGAGAUGCCAGUGGAUCCCCUUGAGCCUCCAAAGUUUAAGCACAAGAGGGUCCCAAGGGCUUCAGGAUCUCCACCUGUGCCUGUGAUGCAUUCUCCUCCGCGACCUGUGACUGUUAAAGAUCAGCAGGACUGGAAAAUCCCUCCCUGCAUUUCUAACUGGAAGAACCCAAAGGGAUAUACAAUCCCACUUGACAAGCGUCUAGCCGCAGAUGGAAGAGGUUUGCAGGAAGUUCAGAUCAAUGAUAACUUUGCAAAGUUAUCAGAGGCACUUUAUGUUGCUGAACAGAAGGCCAGAGAAGCUGUUGCAAUGAGAUCCAAGGUUCAAAAGGAAAUGAUGAUGAAGGAGAAGGAAAGGAAGGAGCAAGAAUUGCGGGCCUUAGCUGCUAAAGCUCGUUCUGAGAGAACUGGCGUGGCACCUCCUGCUGCUGUUCCAAUGUCUUCUGAGAAGAGCUCAAUGGUGGAUGGUUCUGAUAUGAGAGUAGAUUAUGAGAGGGUGAGAGAAAGAGAGAAGGAUAUGCCAAAAGAAUCAAAAGAAGAGAGGGAAGAGCGGGUGCAAAGAGAGAAGAUCCGGGAAGAGCGCCGUCGAGAGAGGGAGAGGGAGAGAAGACUGGAGGCCAAAGAUGCUGCAGGGGGAAAGAAAAGUAAGAUCACCAGGGAUAGAGAUAGGGACAUCAGUGAAAAAGUGGCUCUUGGGAUGGCUUCUACAGGAGCAGCUAGGGGUGGGGAGGUUAUGUAUGAUCAGAGGUUAUUUAACCAGGAGAAAGGAAUGGAUUCAGGCUUUGCAACUGAGGAUCAGUAUAACAUAUACGACAAGGGUCUGUUCACAGCACAGCCAACUCUUUCUACGCUCUAUAAGCCAAAGAAAGACGUGGAUUCUGAUAUGUAUGGAGGUGCAGACGAGCAGCUAGAGAAAAUAAUGAAAACUGAUCGCUUUAAACCAGAUAAAUCAUUUUCAGGAACUUCUGAGAGGGCUGGUCCAAGGGACAGGCCAGUUGAGUUUGAAAAGGAAGCUGAAGAAGCUGAUCCAUUUGGAUUGGAUCAGUUCUUGACUGAGGUCAAGAAAGGUAAGAAGGCCAUGGAAAAAGUGGGCGGUGGAGGAACAAUGAAGGCAAGUGCUGGCUCCUCGAUGCGAGAUGGUUAUGAAGGAGGCUCUGGUAGAACUCGAAUUGGUUUUGAAAGAGGACGUUAAAUAACUCCUUGAUUUCGUGUUAUGUAUGGCAUAAGAUCCCUUAGCAGCCUUUUGCUCUUGUUUCUUGCUUGGUAAAUCUCAACCCCUGCAGCCUUAAGUGGCUUCUGGGACGAGAAUGUUAUAUUUUCUGUAAUGGUAUGUUGGGAUAUUUCUGGUUUUAUGAUAUCAAUUUUCUGUUAGUUCUGGUUUAGCAUUGAGUUUUUAGUUUCUGAGUUAUGCCUUCUACUAUUGGAUCACAUGUUCACUUAAGACAAAAGCUAUUGUUAUUAUAAUUGGUGAUGUUGACUCGAGCUGUAUUGAUUUGUAUGCUGAUGCUUGUGUGUUUUUGAGUUCCGUGAGCGGGUGCUUUGAUUGAUCUGUAAUAGGAUCUUUUCUUCUCUUUUUUUUUUUUCUCAUUUACGUAAUACUUUUCUUUUAGAACUGUAGAUAUAUAACUCGUCUUCUUUGAAGAGCAAAACAGCUAAUGCUAUUUCAGGGUAGUUGUUGGAAGGAAUUCUUAUGCUUCUUUCAAUUUGUUGAAAGACCAUAUGAACCAUGGGUGCCACAGAACUACAUGUACACAACAAUCCCAAAUAUACCCUAGACAAGUGUUUUCUCUGUUUCAUCAAUGCCUUGUCUAUCUUUACUAAUCGUUAGAACCUGGGUAAAUAGUGUGAUUGUGAGUGUAGUAUCUUGCUAUUUGAUUUGAUUUGCUGAAUGUUUGUUCAUGUUCGUUUUUGUUGUCUGAUUAUUUUGUGGAAUUUUUUAAUUAACACCGCGAAGAGUAUGGAUUUACAUUUUGGUCUAACGUAAACUUCCUGAACUGUAAACUAAGCUUUGUGUCAAUGUUUAUGCAUAUAUACUCGUGUCGCAGAUUGGAUUAAAGGAAUUGUGUUGUAAUGAUGUGACCUCAUCUGCAUUGAAUUCUUUGAUCUUAAUACAGUAAUAUGCAUUUA